CUGUAGGGUAAAAAAUAGAUUUUUCUUGAAAAACGUUUUUAAACAACAAUUAUGUUCAGAAAAAAUUAAGUAGAGGUGGUACGAACUAAGCUCAUAAUCUUAUAUCACAUUUGCGGUUCUGUCUACGUUAUUGUCUUACCGUUGAAAGCUAAGUGAAAUUCAUAUAGCUUACAGCUACUUUCUAUCAGUGCCAGUAGAAUGGGAAGCCCUGAACGAGAACUAUGCCCUCCACCCAACGAAGAGGAUGAGCUAACCCUACCCAGAGCGAGUAUAAAUAAAAUGAUAAAAGAGUUGGUACCAUCAGUAAGAGUGGCUUUCGAGUCAAGAGAACUCAUCUUAAACUGUUGCACAGAGUUUAUCCACCUUAUAAGUUCAGAAGCCAACGAAGUUUGUAAUCGCAGUAAUAAAAAGACUAUAAAUGCUGAACAUGUUCUUACUGCACUGGAUACUUUAGGCUUCAGUGACUACACAAUAGAGGCUGAAGCUGUGCUCCGAGACUGUAAAGCUGUGGCAGCCAAGAGGAGGAGACAGAGCACAAGACUGGAGAACCUCGGGAUCCCUGAAGAGGAAUUGCUGAGGCAGCAACAGGAACUCUUUGCUAAGGCUCGAGAGGAGCAAGCUAAGCAAGACCAGCAGCAGUGGCUGCUCCUCCAGCAGCAGGGCUUGGUCGGCGCCGAAGGAACCCCGCAGCCGUAUGUGCCACCGCUACUCAAGAAGGAAGGAGAUGAUGAAGAUGAUGACUAUUCAUAGAUAAUGUUUGUGAAACUGAAGUAAACUAAGUAAUAAAUGUGUAAAACUUUAA